AUGUCCACUCUAUCUCACAUGGUGGAGAUCUUCUGGUUCCUCGCGGACCCCUUCAUCUUCAUGGGCCAAUCCCUCUCCCACCUCCCGGGGACCAUCCUCUCCGUCCUGCGCACCGGGGACUUCGCCACCCUCCUAUCCCCCUCGCGCUUCCAUACCGCGUGGUUCGGUCGCUUCUGGGCCGUCGCCGGGCCGGAAGUCCGAAAAACCUCUUCCCCGCGUGUCGUGCCCCUCCUGCAGGGACGCGUUCGUCACGGCGUAGCCACGGACCAGCAAUCCGGACCGCCCGUCGGAGGCGUCGUCCUGGAAGUCGGCGCCGGGUCGGGCAUGUGGCCCGACGACGACCAGACCGGGGGAGGGGCCAUCACCAAAAUUUACGGGGUCGAGCCCAACCCGGCCUCGCAUGCGGCGCUGCGUCGCAGAGUCCGCGAGUCUGGGCUAGAAGGCAUUUACGAGGCCGUGCCCGUUGGUAUCGAGGAGCUGGGCCACUCGACCAAGUGGGAUGGCCGCAUCGAGGAGGGUAGCGUCGAUUGCAUCGUGUCGAUCCUCUGUUGGUGCAGCAUCCCGGACCCCGAGAAGAACAUCGCUGCGCUGUACAAGUUCUUGAAAAGGGGGGGCCGGUGGUAUGUCUACGAGCAUGUCAAGGCCAGGAGGACCGUGUUCAUGCCGUUAUAUCAACGAUUUGUCAAUCUAUUCUGGCCUCGCAUCAUCGGAGGCUGCGAGAUGUGCCGUGAUACCGAAAAGCACCUCAGGGCAGUCGGACCAUGGGAACACAUCGACCUCGUCCAGCCUCCUGCGGAACCCUGGUGUCAUCCUUUGCCUCACAUCUACGGCACGCUGACCAAGUAA